AUGAAGCCUGAGUCGGGGCAGGCCCUCUUCCACGUGGCCCUGGCCAGCUGCCUCUGCGUGGCCACCGUCCACACUGGUAUUUUUGAACGUGUCUCUGUCCAAGUGGGCUAUGAGUACUACGCGGAAGUCCCGGUCACCAGCCUCCCUGCCUUCCUGGCCAUGCCUUUCAACUCCCUCGUUAACAUGGGCUACGUUUUCCUGGGGGUGUACUGGCUGCGGAGCCAGGCCUGUGCCCCAGGAGGCCUCGCAGAGAGGCAAAGGGCUCGCUACCUGAAGGACGUCUUCGCAGGCAUGGCCCUGGUCUAUGGCCCGGUCCAGUGGCUGCGCAUCGGGAUGCAGACACGGCCCACUGCUGUGCUGGACCAGUGGCUCACCUUACCCAUCUUCGCAUGGCCAGUGGCCUGGUGCCUCUGCCUGGACAGGGGCUGGAAGCCCUGGCUUUUUCUGGCUGUCGAGGGCCUCUCCCUGUGCAGUUACAGCCUGGCCCUGCUGCACCCCCGUGGGUUUGAGUUGGCGCUGGGCCUGCACAUUGCAGCUGCUGUGGGCCAGGCCCUGCACACCCAGGGGUGCCAUGGCAACGCUUCCUCGGGAACGUACUUGGCUCUGGGCAUGCUCUCCUGCCUUGGCUUUGUGGUCCUCAAGCUUUAUGACCAUGAGCUCGCGCAGUGGCGUCUCUUCCAGCAGCUCACAGGCCACUUCUGGUCCAAAGUCUGUGACGUGCUUCAGUUCCACUUUGCCUUCCUGUUCCUAACCCACUUACACACCUGCCGAAGGUGCCCACCUACGGAGAAGAUGCGUCCAAGUGUGGGAAGAAGGGGCUUAUGA